AUGAUCCUCCCCGAGCCCGGCCGCCAGAGCGGGGCAUGUCUGACCGAGUCCGAAGCAGCCCUGGCCGGGGAAGCGGCUGCGCCCCGGCAGGCGGCGGCGGCGGCGCUGCUGCGGCCGCUGGCUCCGAGGGCGAGGGCGGCGAGGAGGCGGCGGCCGCGGCUGCGGGGGGCUCCCGUCUCGGUCCGGGCUCCCGCCGAUGGCCCGCUCCGAUCGGCCUGGAUCCCGGCGGCUCCCGGGGCGGGGCGGCGGGGCGGCAGCGACAGCUACGACAACGACAAGAGCGGUGGCUCCGGGCUCCCAGGCGGGAGACGGCGAGCGCGGCCUCCCGGGGGGCCGAGGGAAGGGGCGAUCCGACGACCCGCGGGGCUCCUGGGCAGCGGAGACACCUCCACGCUCACUCCCCACGGGAGGGCGGGCCGAGGCUCGUGCGCAGGACGCCCGGGCCUCGUCAGCCGUCCCGCGGGCUCGGCCGGGCCGGGCCGGCGGAGGAGGGAGGCAGCGGAGGCGGAGGCGCGGGUGGCCGGAGCCGGAGCCGCCGCGGCGGCUGCUGCUGCUGCGGCUGCAGGGGGGCGCUGUCCGCCCGCCCGCCUGCCUGCCCGGCCCGGCCCCCUCCCGGGGCUGGCUGCGCUGCGCGAGGCCGGCUGCGCUCGGCCGCCCCCGAGGCGGAUCCCUAGCCCCAGCCCCCGCCGCCGCCGCCGCUGCUGCCGCCGCCGCCGCCGCCUUGUUUAUUUCCAGUCACGGAAUCCCAGCGCGAGCGGAGCGGGGCAAAGGGGAGGGGAGGGGCAGGGAGGAGGAGGGCGGCGGGGGCGCGCGCGGGCAGGGGCGCGCGCCGAGAGGGCCGCGGGCGCGCGCGCGAGGCUGAGGCUCAGGCUGAGGCUGAAGCUCGGGCUGGAGUGUGUGAGGAGGCGAGCCGCCCCGCCGCCGCCGCCGCCGCCGCCGCCACCGCCACCGCCCGGGCCGUGCUCGCGGGCGUCCGCCUGGGCCGCCGCAGCCUCGCCCUCCUCGUCCUCCGCCGCCGCCGACUCGCCAGGGGUGCCGCCGUGA